AUGUCAUCGUUUGGUGUUUUAGUUAUAGACAUCGGCACGCACUCGUUUCGAAAGGGUGUCGCCAGCGAGCUAUCCAACACACCUGGGGGACCAGAAGCCGUGAAUGUGUGGCUCCGAGCCGGUUGGACGCUUGGAAGUGUCCAAGGUCGAUACAUUUUUGCCGGUUCAGGUGGCGACCAGUUCGUUGGACGUGCAGCAGCAGGGCACAAUGUGAACGACGUUGAGUUUUCGUGCCUCCCUUCGCACUUCAAGGAUGUUGGGCUGAGCAACGAGCAGUGGGAAGCGCAUGGCCGUGGUCGACCGGGAUGGAGAACGACGUAA